AUGUUUAUCAAAAUGGAGGAGCUUGCAGGCUAUACAGUAGGUGGUGGAUCAUUGGGCAAAGUGGACAGUGGAUUAUCAAAGGGGAGAUCAAUAUGUAUAGUCCCCAGUACUUUUGCCAGUGAUGAAGUGGAAGACCCAGAUGGCAUGGAGCCUUAUGAGUACUCCAUAAAAUGGGGACUUGUGGUGGCAGAGGCAGUGCUUGGACAAUUGGGCAGAAUGCAAAAUUUGGUGCAACGAGUGGCGAAUCUGAAAGAGGACACAGAAACGCCAUCUUCACUCCUCUAUGACCAAUUAGUUGAUGCUACUUCUUAUCGUACUCUCGUGGGUGAUCUUCAGUAUCUCACCCUCACUUUGCCAGACCUAUCUCACGCUGUUAAUUUAGUGUGUUGA